AUGUACACACAAUUGUACCUACAUAUACCUAAAGGUACUUAUUCAUAUACUUGUAUACACAUAUAUACAUACACAUUCUUUCUCACUCCCCACAUCUCUCUCCAUCUCUCUCUCUCUCUCUCUCUCUCUCUCUCUCUCUCUCUCGACCCCCUCCACUUUGUACAUGAAAGUAAUUUUUCUUUUUUCCUUCUCUCUCUUUGUCUGACUUUUUUCUCUGACUUCCUCUUUCUCUUUUUUCGUCUUUCCCCCUUUUUUUAUCCCUACAGCAUCGAAGACAACGCUGGAGAUUCCUUCUAUGGUGACAAAAUGGUAAUCUUUUACAAAAACGAACUUGGAAAAUAUCCUCGCGUUUUGCCAAACGGGUUCGAAAUUAACGGAGGGAUACCUCAGCUUGCACCCCUUCAAGAUCAUCUCCGUGCUGCAUCAAGUGACAUCAACAACGCGAUUCCAAAUGAGGCUUUCUCGGGUCUCUCGGUAAUUGACUGGGAGAGUUGGCGUCCCCUCUUUGUUCAUAAUUUCGAUUCGAAAAGGAUCUACAAAUUUCUCUCCAAGCAAUUGGUACGGCAGAAACAUCCGAACUGGAAUAAACGCCAAGUGAAAUUAAAAGCCAUGCACGACUUUAACAAAGCCGCCAAGCAUUUCAUGUGGUCAACACUUAACAGGGCCAUUACUUUGCGUUCAUCUGGCCGCUGGGGAUUUUAUGGAUUCCCCAGGUGUUACAAACAUCACUGCAUCACAACUCGAAUCGAUAACAACAGGCUCGGCUGGAUGUUUUCUGCUAGCACUGGUCUUUAUCCGUCAAUCUAUUUGAAACACCAGACAGAUUCUUGGGUGAAGAAGGCCCAGUUCGUGCACGAAACUUUACAGGAAACGUUUCGAGUGUUUAGAAGGUUUUCGUCAAUGAAUAAAUCUGUCAUUGUGCCCUACACAAGGUUCAGAUAUGAGGACCCUGAACAGUUAUAUAAUAAGGCUGAACUUUUAAUUACAAUUGUUAUACCCGCGAUUACCGGAUCUGCGGGUGUGGUACUCUGGGACAGUUCCGUGAACUUCGAAGACGAAGCCCUUUGCAGAAGCACGGAACGAUACCUGAGUCGAACACUGGGGCCAUUCGUCGUGACCUUGACGGAUUUUCUCAAAAAUUGCAGCAGGCAACAAUGCAAUAAUCAGGGACGCUGCGUGAAAAGACACGCCUUCGUUGUGCAGCCCAACAUUUCAUCGUACUUACUGCAUACAGCCGGCCGUCUGUGGAGGGUUUUACGAAGCCUCAUGUACAGCCAGUACUCUUGGCUACACCAAUGGCAUAAUAAAUCUCAACCAGAUUUUAGCGUCUCGGAUAUCUUGCACAGCUAUGACUACACGUGCCAAUGUUACCCUGGAUGGGGUGGAACAUCCUGUAACGUUACUUCACAUGCAUAA